AUGUCUCGCUUUUCUCUUUUAGACCAACGCCGCCUCUUCCUCGAAUUGGCCGAGCAGUGCCUAGUGUCACUGAGAGACACCAACAAUGCUAAAUCAACGCAACCCCAUCUCCUAGGCCUCCCAUUAGAGCUCCUCUGGGAAGUUACACGGCAUCUUCCGCCCGCCAGUGCGAAAAUGCUGGCAUAUACAUGCCAUAAGUUUUAUCACUUGAGCGACACCUGGCUGAAAAACAUCAAAUUCUUCCCGGUAGAGCGCUUUGAGACACUUUGCCUGCUUGAGAGAGACCAGAUCAUCCGUACAUUUGCCUGUCGAGGUUGUUUAACGGACCAUCCGGAAACUAUGUUCCCGCCGGACGAAUUGCGACAGCAGCCAUUCUUGCGGUGGUGCGUUUCGACAAUACCAAUAUUCCCUCUUUGUCCCAACCACUCUCUGAGCUUCCGGGAUGCGCAACAGACGAACAAGAUGUUACGCCAAUCGCUUCCGUAUUCCAAUCAUGGCUGGACAUCCAGAGAGGCGUGCUGUUUCCCACGAGACACUGGUUCCGGUGUAGUCAUUGAUCAUCACUUUGUUGUCUCGCGUGACAGACCCGGCAUGGGAAUUCUAACCAUCGUCAAUAUCUGCGACGUUAUGGAGGGUGAGGGCCUUCCGGAUCGAAAUCACAUUGAAGAGUGCUUGGCUAGCCACAGCGAUAUCCGGAUUUGCCCGCAUCUGCCGCUGAACGAUCCUAGGAUCACCGAUAUAUACAAUAGAGAUGUGCUUGAUUGCAAAGAUGCCGAACCUAGAAACUAUAACCGUAGUGCCGAAUUAUUCCAAGAUGCGGAGGCCCGCGAGGUUGUCUAUUGUGAGGAAGAAAACUGCGAGAGUUUCACGCAUUGGUAUUAUGGCCAGGGUUAUCCUUAUCAGGAUGAAGGCAAUGGGUCACUCCAACUUUUGGCAUUUCGACAUCUUGGAGUUUUGGAGGAUCCGUGGGAUCCGAGUUGGUUGGCUCAUACGCCACUCACAGGAUGCAAUCAGGAGAGGGGCGGGCUAAUGGAAGAAUAG